CCCGGAUUGUAGUCGUCAACACUGUUUUUAAUUAAAAUUUAUUGAAUUAAUUGUGAGUUAAAUAAAAAUAAGUGUUAAAGUAAUCAUUCACACACUAUGGAUUCAGACGAUAACCGCGCAGAAGGCUGGAAAUAUCUUAAUAAGCAGUUCUUUGGAGACGGUGAAAGGGCGAACUAUGUGAACAUUCCCCAUGUGAUUGCCAUGGUGGGGCUCCCGGCGCGGGGGAAGACCUACAUCUCCAAGAAACUCUCCCGAUAUCUCAACUGGAUAGGAAUCAAUACAAGGGUAUUCAACCUGGGCGAAUACCGGCGGCACGCCACAAGCGCAUACACCUCACACGAGUUCUUCAGAGCAGACAAUAAAGAAGCCAUGGCGAUUAGACAGCAGUGCGCGCUAGACGCAUUGAAGGAUGUCUGCGAGUGGCUGGUAAAAGGGGGGGAGGUCGCGGUUUUCGACGCGACGAAUUCAACGCGGGAGCGCCGACGGAUGAUCCGCGACAUCGUAGUACACGAGAUGGGCUUCAAAUUAUUCUUCGUGGAGUCCAUCUGCGACGACCCACGCAUUAUCGAGCAGAACAUUAUGGAAGUGAAAGUGAGCAGCCCUGACUACACGAACAUACAGAACACAGACAACGUGCUGAACGACUUCCUACUGAGGAUCGAGCACUACAAGGAGAAAUACGAGCCUUUGGAGGAGAACCUCGAGUCCGACUACAGCUUCAUGAAGAUCUACGACACGGGAGAGAAGGUAAAAAAGGUAGUGGUGCACAAACACGAAGGACACAUACAGAGUCGGAUAGUCUACUACCUGAUGAAUAUACACAUAGUGCCACGGACCAUAUAUUUGACAAGGCACGGCGAAAGCUUGCACAACAUCGUAGGCCGCAUCGGCGGCGACAGCGCGCUCUCUCCCCGCGGCGCGCAGUACGCCAGCGCCCUAGCGCGCUACAUCGACGCGCAGGCCAUACCAGGCCUGCGUGUGUGGACGUCGUGGAUGCGACGCGCCAUACAGACGGUUAAAGACGUCAAGGCGCCGCAGGAACGGUGGAAGGCGCUCAACGAGAUAGAUGCUGGCAUCUGCGAAGAGAUGACCUACGCCGAGAUCCAAGAAAAGUACCCUUCAGACUUCAACGCGCGGGACGCGAACAAGUUCGCAUACAGAUACCCCCGGGGAGAAAGCUACGAGGACUUAGUGGCCAGACUGGAACCGGUUAUAAUGGAGCUGGAGAGACAGGGGAACGUGCUGGUCGUGUCGCACCAGGCGGUCAUGCGGUGUCUACUGGCGUACUUCCUUGACAAAUCUGCCGAGGAGCUCCCUUACCUCCACGUGCCCCUGCACACGGUGAUCAAACUGACCCCGGUGGCGUACGGCUGCCGCGAGGAACACGUGGCCCUGGCCGUAGACGCCGUCGACACGCACCGCCCCAAGCCCUCUGUGAUACCAGCGCCUCCAAUCGCAGCGCCAGUGCCCCCGGUACUAAACGGGGAAUCGAACGGCGACAACGACCAGUGUGAAAAACAUUAAUAUUUUAUAUAUUAGGUAUACAGGACUUUGGAAGUAGCGUCGAGUGUCCAGAGACUUCCAUGUAGAGUCCAAGGUAGUCCACCUAUCCAAUGUGUAUUUGCGUCUCACAUUUCGCUUAGUGAGAGAGAGACGCAAUCACAUUGGACUAACAAAUUGGACAGGUGGAAUACAACCCUAAGCUAACUUUGCAUUGAAUGAACAAAGUGAGGGUCAUAUUUUCAUAGAAAUUUGACGUUAAUGGUGACAUUGUCACACUUUGUCAUUGCAAAUGCGAUGCAGAGUUAGCUUGGUCCGACUCUAGCGACGCAUGAUAUCUCUAAAUUAUCGUACCAAGUACAUUUAAAAUACUUUUAGUAUUUAUAUACCUAUAGAGAUGUGUCAAUGUCAACUUUGCUAAAAAGUGCUGGAUUUAUAUGUACAGUCGCCAUCAGAUAUAUCUGAGCGGCCAAGGUACUCAUAAAUAUCUGAAAACGCCUCUAUUGUCAAGACGUUAGAGUGCGUGUCCAGAUAUUUUUGAGCACCUUGGCCGCUCCGAUAUAUCUGUUGGCGACUGUACAUAUGGCUUUCCAUCAGAGAAGGCUCCUUAUACUUCAUAUGCAAUAAACCUUUCUGUUGGAAUUUCAGAUAAAAGGCACCUUAUUGCAUUUGAAGCACAAGGACCCUUCUGUGCUGGAAAGUCACAUAUAUGGAAUGGAGGCUCUGGGAUUCAGAAAAUGCCUUGGAGACCGUCUGUGCCGAUUUAGCAGCGACAAAAUGUGGGUUUGGCAAAUUUGACGUUAGCUGUGGCAUUCCUUCACUCUCGGCCCAAUUCGAACUAUACGAUACGUCAAUAGAUCUAGGAAAGAUAUGGAUUAGAUAUGUCAGUGUCAAAUGUAACAUUUCCUCAAACAAAAACGUCACUUUUGACACUGACACAUCUAAUCCAUAUCGUUUCUAAAG